AUGCGGCCAGUCGAGAACGAACUCUUCGGGCUGCCGAAAGAAGAGCGCGAGAAUCGCCCUCCUACAGGCACCGACAACAAUCCUUCCAUGCCAUCGUCACGUAUCCGCGGCAUGCACUCAGAAGAUUCCUGGAUCGAAAUCCCAUCUCGUCCGUCCUCCUCGUCCUUGUCGUCCGCAAGUAACGAUAUAAUCACCACCGGUCUCCAGAUCCGACCGUUGGAUGAACGGCUGUCUCGCCAACGUCAUACUUCCUCUCACCUCGCAGUCCUCCAGCCACGAGCGACCAGCACUGCCGGAAGCAGCCAGGAUGAAUACGAAGAGAGUGAGAGUGAUAGUGAUCGGGUUCUGAGUAGUUCCAACGAGGAUAUCUCUCAAGACGAGGCUGCCGAUGACGACGAUACCUCGACGGCACUGGGCGUAGGAACCAUGGACAAGGUAUUCACGCCGCAGCCAAACGCUUUCAGCCACCCGCCUUCAUCCCAGCAGCGAACAAUCCCGGACUCGUACUUCCCUCCAGCGCCGGCGUCCGCAGAAGACCGCCCGUCGAAUCAACGGACCAUUACUCAGCGGAGUUACCAACGACAAACCCAGUCGCGUCAGCGGACUUACACCUCUUCGUACCAACCAGACCACGACGCCGCCCUGAGAGCAUCCUUGACCACCCUGCUAUCCUGCGCUGCUGCAGUGCGACCCAAAGGCCUCGAACCCCGACCAGGAGCCGCAAGUGCUGCAGCACCUGUCUCGCGGCCCUCUGCCCAACCCACGUCCUUGCGACUGGUUGCCGAAUGCGAGAUCGAUAGCCCCUCGAGACCUCGACCAAAGAGGACUUCGUCACCCAAACAAACGAAGCGAAAGUCCCGAGAGUCCAGCAAGGAGCGUCACUCCAAAAAGGUGCGACCUGCCAAAGCUGGCGUUUCCGGCGAGGAAAUCAUCAGCCCGACUCUGGCUUCGUGGAUGAUAUCGGCUGGUGUCGUCCUCGUCUUUUCGGCAAUCAGCUUCAGCGCCGGCUACGCGUGGGGUCGCGAAGUCGGUCGAAUCGAAGGCGAAAUGGCCUUGACAGGCGGAAACUGCAGCCGGGAAGCCAUGCGCGGCACCGGGUCUGGUUUGAGACGACUCAGGUGGACGUCGGCUGCGGCUAGCAGUAUCAGCGCUUGA